GUAGAGAAGCAAACACAAAAAGCGCCGCACACAAAGUUAUGUGUAUGCCCGGUUGGGAAGCUAUGUCACGUGCGAAAACGAUAUCUAGGAUUUAGUGAAAAAAGGCAAGGUCGCGAGGUCGCGCCGUUGCCUUUAUUCUUCCUGCAGCCUCUCUCUCCAUCCAUUCUGCAGAGUAAAUAUGCGACGCGUGCAUCCUCAACGGCAAAGACCUGCUGCGGCACAUCGUCAGGGCCCUGUACUUCAUUCCAAGGCCGCUCAAAGCGACCGUAAUAAAUCAUGGAUGACCAUUUCUGACAUCCACAGGAACAAUCAUGCACGAUACAGCAGAAACGAUCGCACCGGUUUCACCACCAACUCUGGAUACCCAGACAACACUACAGAUCUAGACACCCGACUCCCUUCCAAAUAUCAUAGCCUGAAUAAGCAAUCAGGGAAAAGUAGCUUCAGCGACUCGAUCGGCUUCAACGACGACGACGACGACAUGUUACCAAUGGAAUCAGGCGACGAUUUUCAGGUCUCUAUACGAAUUCCUCGUCGAACUGAGGACCAAGAAGGCUCGAGUGAAUACAGGCGCCACCGAUCCUCCGCAGGGAAAGGAGAUGCCAAUGAUACCACCCACAGUUUGGAUUCAUCAGCACUGAAACGCCAUCGUGGCGAACCUCAGACAGAUGAACGAUUUAUCUCGGAAGAAGCAUGGUUCUCCUCGCAAGAAUCCAUGGACCUCAGUCUCGGACCCGAUACAGCAUCACUAGAUAAGCACAGUCCGAUAACACGGGUCAAGAAGGCUGCGCCAUCGACACACAUUACUGUCUCGGAUACCCAACACGCCUUGAACGAGAUUGAUGAACUGUUCCAGGAGAACUUUGCACCAUUGAGUCCAAUUCUCGAACCUCAGUCAUCUGCAGAGCACGAGGAUGGCAUUAGUCAAGGGGCUUCUCCUAAGACGCCUGUCCUAAAGAGCGGGCUACACUCUGAGAUCCAGAGCGCCACCAAAGACGUUCGUGAAGCAUCAAAGUUGAGCAUCGAUGAGGGUGAUGACCUUGAUGACGACAUACAUCUGGAGGAUGCCCAUAGCCCCAAGAUGGAGCAUACGAAGUUGCCGGAGGCUCCAGCAGAUUACGAGGAUCCGAUGCCUGGUUACGAUACGGGCCAAGAUCAAAGUCAGAGUCAGGGUCAGGGUCCGAAUCAGGACAAGGACCAAAGUUCUGAAGCUGCUCCAGUGUUUGAGGUGCCUACAACGACUGAUGAGUUCAAGUCGCGACUAAAUGAGAUCCGGAUCAAGUUCCACUUAUCGUUGGAGAGCAUGAUGGAGGCAGUUCAGGGUGUCGACUCUCUGCUAGGUGUUGUCAAGGAUGCACUUAUGAAGCAGCAGAGCUGCCUUGACGAACGUGGCCAACAUGUCCGAGAGCAGGUGCUAGGCCUUCAGAGGGAGGCAACACAACUGCACACAAAGGCCGCGAGAGGGCUGGAUUAGCUGAGCACGGAUGGCACACCAAUACGAGUUCGCUCACCAGUAUCUGAUUACCAUGAACAUCUGGCUGCUUCGAUUUCAGCUGCAAUAUCGCGCAUAUUAUUUCACGCCUACAGAUGUGGUUAUGUUUUCACUCUAGCUCAC